AUGCGGGGGCGAUCGCCUCAAGGCCUCGACAUGCAUGUCACCGUCUCCCGACGCACCGCAGGCCUGGCCAACCCCUGGGCCUCGAGCCCAGUACUAGCCAAGCCCACCGCGUCGCCGUUCACUUGCGGCCCUACUGUGCCCAAAAGAAAAUUCAAACGCUCGUGUCUUUCCGCCCGAAUAUCACGAACGCCGUCCCUCUCCGGCGAACGUUGCACCGCCCGACCCUCCUUCUUUUUCCGCCUAGUCACUUUCGUCCAGCAAUCGGGACGGAAAAAGUCUGACAAGGUGAUAUUCGUCGGCCCAUCCUUCGGCAACGGUCCACACCAUGGUUUCAUUUUUGACUUCUGCAAAAGAACUGGGCGGUCUAGCAAUAUUGGUUUCUUGAUACUCACCGAAGCCCUACUGCCUCUGCUGCAAUCUUCCUCCGAGGGAAGAAUAGUGAACGUCUCCUCCAUAUUUGGCCUGCUAAGGGUAAUUAUCAACGAGGAGGUGAGGCAGGAGCUCAACAACAUCGACAGCCUCACGGAGGAGAGGCUGGAUGAGCUGCUGAACAAGUUCUUCAAGGACUUCGAGGCCGAUGCGCUGGAGGCGCGCGGGUGGCCCACGGGAUUUGCGGCGUACAAGGUGGCCAAGGCCGCCAUGAACGCCUACUCGAGGAUGCUGGCGAGGAGGCACCCCGCGCUGCGCGUCAACUGCGCGCAUCUAGGCUACGUCAAGACGGACAUAACCAUGAACUCGGGCGUCCUGAUGCCCGAGGAGGGUGCGCGCAAUGUGGUGAAGGUGGCGCUGCUGCCGGACGGUGGGCCGACUGGCAAGUACUUCGGCGAGGGCGAGGAGGCAUCGUUCGUGUGA